AUGCCGUCCUCGUCUGAUUUCGAAGCCUUCACCCUGACCCCUCUCGAUCAGGCAAAUGGCCAGGUCUUCUUCUUCUACAGCUUGUCGUAUCGGGUGCAGGAUGAAGCUUCUGCCCUUCACACCAUCCAUAAGGCUAUCGAUCUCCUUCUCGAAAAGGCGCCAUUUUUGAACGGGGAGAUCGUGUUUGCUACCGAUGGGCUUGAAGUCCGCCCACCCACGACCGAUUCCGAAGAUCGAGUUCCACUGGUCCAGGUAAAGCGCCAUUCCAAUCGCACUCUCCCCGUCGAGAAACUGGGACAGUCUCCAUUCAACGUACCUCGGAAUUUUCCGCUUGACGCCCUCUUUAAUCCACUCGCCGCCUUGCCAACACCUGAUCGACCAACACCUGUCAUUCGCUUUCAGGUCAAUCUGGUCAAUGAUGGCCUGGUCUUGACUAUCGGGUUCAACCAUGCGGUAUUCGACGCCCUCGGAGCCGCGGUGAUAGUAAAGCUUCUGGCCGAAUCGUGUCGCAACCCGGCAAACGUAGGAAGGGAGGGGAGUUUGGAAAUCGCUUCCACGCAGUCACGAGUGCGAAGCCCAUUGCUGGCUCUGACCUCUCGCUGGAAAAAGCUUGACCGCGUUCGUGCAGAUGCGCCUUCGUCGCCUGAGGUCACUGCGGUACCUCCACCAUUGACCGAUGAAUGCUUCGUCUUUUGUGCCGACAAACUCCAGCGGCUGAGGGCCGCUUGUAACUCUAUCCUUUGCCAGUUGAAUGAGAAUCAGAAAUUGCUUGCAGGCCAACCAGAUGUAAGGUUUCUUUCGACCAACGAUGUCCUCACGGCGCUCAUCUGCGAAACGAUAGCUCAGGCACGGCAUGCCGCCAGGCACACAUGCAGAGAUGAGGGUCUUCAUCCGGAGUCGACUGUCUCUGAGUGCCUGAUGGCCGUGAAUAUUCGCAAGUUCGUUGAUCCUCCUCUCCCCGAUGACUACAUGGGCAACGCAGGUAUCCCGCUUCGCUUCCAAAUCGAGACUCGACGGGACGCUGAGCCAGACUUGCCACGGGCAUUUCAGGAAGCAAACCCCGGUUUGAACACGUCAUCCUUCCUAGCCAUUGCAGAGACGGCUUAUACAAUCCGAAUCAAGCUAGCCAGCUUUGGCGAUUCCUACAUCGACUCCCUAAGGUCCUUUCUGAACGCCGAUGAGAGCCAGACAGCUGUGCAUGUGCUCCCGGCUUGCGCUAUCGUCUCAAGCUUAAGACAUAUCAAAACAUACGAGCUACAAUUUGGAGCAGAGCUAGGGGAAAUCCGGACCUUCGAAACUGGGAUACCGUGGGUGAACGGGUCCUGUGUAAUUCUCCCCUUGUGCGCAAAUAGUUCGGAGGUGGCGGGUUCCGCGCCGUGGAAUGUGCGGAUAACGCUGGACGAGGGUACGAUGUAUUGCUUCAAGAAUGAGCCGGCUCUGCGCUGGGCACUAUGGGAGCAAGGGAGAAGCAAGGUUCCAGGCUCGUGCGACUGUAAGGCUGAUGCAUAG